CCAGAUUCCCACGACUCAACACCGGAUUCUGGUCAUCUAGAGAGGAGGGACCAGCCUGCUUAUUUCUCCCUUGAUGUUGGCGAGCGGUACCUUCAGAAACAUGCAGCGCCGGCACACGACAUUGCGGGAAAAGGGCCGCCGCCAGGCCAUCCGGGGUCCUGCGUACAUGUUCAACGAGAAGGGCACCAGCCUGACGCCCGAGGAGGAGCGCUUCCUGGACUCGGCCGAGUAUGGCAACAUCCCCGUGGUCAGGAAAAUGCUGGAGGAGUCCAAGACCCUCAACUUCAACUGCGUGGACUACAUGGGGCAAAACGCGCUGCAGCUGGCCGUGGGCAAUGAGCACCUGGAGGUCACGGAGCUGCUGCUCAAGAAGGAGAACCUGGCGCGGGUGGGGGACGCGCUGCUGCUGGCCAUCAGCAAGGGCUACGUGCGCAUCGUGGAGGCCAUCCUCAACCACCCGGCCUUCGCCCAGGGCCAGCGCCUGACCCUCAGCCCGCUGGAGCAGGAGCUGCGCGACGACGACUUCUACGCCUAUGACGAGGACGGCACACGCUUCUCCCACGACAUCACGCCCAUCAUCCUGGCGGCGCACUGCCAGGAGUAUGAGAUCGUGCACAUCCUCCUGCUCAAGGGCGCCCGCAUCGAGCGGCCACACGACUACUUCUGCAAGUGCAACGAGUGCACCGAGAAGCAGCGGAAGGAUUCGUUCAGCCACUCGCGCUCCCGCAUGAAUGCCUACAAGGGACUGGCAAGCGCUGCCUACUUGUCUCUGUCCAGUGAAGACCCUGUCCUCACCGCGCUGGAGCUAAGCAACGAAUUGGCCAGACUAGCCAACAUUGAGACUGAAUUCAAGAACGAUUACAGGAAGUUAUCUAUGCAAUGCAAGGAUUUUGUGGUGGGCGUGCUGGACCUAUGCCGAGACACGGAAGAGGUGGCGAUUUUAAAUGGUGAUGUGAACUUCCAAGUCUGGUCCGACCACCACCGUCCAAGUCUGAGCCGGAUCAAACUCGCCGAUAAAUAUGAAGUCAAGAAGUUCGUUGCUCAUCCUAACUGUCAGCAGCAAUUGCUUACCAUGUGGUAUGAAAAUCUCUCAGGCUUACGUCAACAGUCUAUCGCUGUGAAAUUCCUGGCUGUCUUUGGAGUCUCCCUAGGCCUCCCUUUUCUCGCCAUAGCCUAUUGGAUUGCUCCGUGCAGCAAGCUAGGAAGAACCCUGAGGAGCCCCUUCAUGAAAUUUGUAGCCCAUGCAGUUUCUUUUACAAUCUUUUUGGGAUUGUUAGUUGUGAAUGCAUCAGACCGCUUUGAAGGCGUUAAAAACCUGCCCAACGAAACCUUCACAGACUACCCGAAACAGAUCUUCAGAGUGAAAACCACACAAUUCUCCUGGACAGAAAUGCUCAUCAUGAAGUGGGUCUUAGGAAUGAUUUGGUCCGAAUGCAAGGAAAUCUGGGAGGAGGGGCCGCGGGAGUACGUGCUGCACCUGUGGAACCUGCUGGAUUUCGGGAUGCUGUCCAUCUUCGUGGCCUCCUUCACCGCCAGGUUCAUGGCCUUCCUGAAGGCCAGCGAGGCCCAGCUGUACGUGGAUCAGUACGUGCAGGACGACACGCUGCACAACGUCUCACUUCCGCCGGAAGUGGCGUACUUCACCUACGCCAGGGACAAGUGGUGGCCUUCAGACCCUCAGAUCAUAUCAGAAGGGCUGUAUGCGAUCGCUGUCGUGCUGAGCUUCUCUCGAAUCGCGUACAUCCUGCCAGCCAACGAGAGUUUUGGGCCCCUGCAGAUCUCACUGGGGAGAACCGUGAAAGAUAUCUUCAAGUUCAUGGUCAUUUUCAUCAUGGUAUUUGUGGCCUUCAUGAUUGGGAUGUUCAAUCUCUACUCCUACUACCGAGGUGCAAAGUACAACCCAGCGUUUACAACGGUUGAAGAAAGUUUUAAAACCUUAUUUUGGUCCAUCUUUGGCUUGUCUGAAGUGAUCUCGGUGGUGCUGAAAUACGAUCACAAGUUCAUCGAGAACAUCGGCUACGUUCUCUACGGCGUUUAUAACGUCACCAUGGUGGUUGUGCUGCUCAAUAUGCUAAUAGCCAUGAUCAACAACUCAUACCAGGAAAUUGAGGAGGACGCAGAUGUGGAGUGGAAGUUUGCCCGAGCCAAGCUCUGGCUGUCUUACUUUGAUGAAGGAAGAACUCUUCCGGCUCCUUUCAAUCUAGUGCCAAGUCCUAAAUCAUUUUAUUAUCUCAUAAUGAGAAUCAAGAUGUGCCUCAUAAAACUCUGCAAAUCCAAGGCCAAAAGCUGUGAAAAUGACCUUGAAAUGGGCAUGCUGAAUUCCAAAUUCAGGAAGACUCGCUACCAGGCUGGCAUGAGGAAUUCUGAAAACCUGACAGCAAAUAACAGUUUCAGCAAGCCCACCCGAUACCAGAAAAUCAUGAAGCGGCUCAUAAAAAGAUAUGUCCUGAAGGCCCAGGUGGAUAGAGAAAGUGACGAAGUCAACGAGGGUGAACUGAAGGAAAUCAAGCAAGAUAUCUCCAGCCUGCGCUACGAGCUUCUGGAAGAGAAAUCUCAAGCUACCGGGGAACUGGCAGACCUGAUCCAACAGCUCAGUGAGAAAUUUGGAAAGAACUUAAACAAAGACCACCUGAGGGUAAACAAGGGCAAAGACAUUUAGCAGCCCCCCUCGGCAUCUGUGACUUCUACCAGCAUCCCCAGGCCAGGAUGGAUUUCCUAGCCACCAGGCCUUCAGGGAAGGGUCCUGGGCCCACUCCUCUAGAACACUAAGGGGGCCCACUGGCUCCAUCCU